AUGAAUAGCCUCGACACGCUCCCACGUCCGACCAAGACCUAUCACUCCCAGGCCUACGACCGUUUGUCACCGUCCAAAAGCAAGUUCGAUGGCAAGGGCAAGACAGUCCUAGUCACCGGUGGUUCCGAGGGAAUCGGCCUCUCGAUCGCAAGAUCAUUCGCUGAAGCCGGCACGUCAAAGAUCAUCAUCGCCUCUCGCUCAGCUGAAAAGCAGGCCGAAGCCAAAAAGGCAUUGGAAGCCGACUUCCCAAAUACCGAGUUUCAGACCAUCGCUGCAUCCAUUACGGACCUUCCGCGCGUGAGCGAAAUCAUGCGUAGCCUUGGCGACUUGGACAUCGUCGUUCUGAACGCGGCUAUAUCCCACCAGCAGGUGCCGAGCGUUGGCGUUCCGCUCGAGGAUAUCGAGAAGACCUUCCAUGGCAACGUCAUCGCUCCGCUCCACAUGGUCAAGGAAUAUCUCGCGCUUCCAAUGCCGAAAUCUGGAAGCAAGACGAUCGUCAACAUCUCAUCGGCUGCUUCCCACGCCCUUGUUCCAGGACAUAUCGGUUACGGUCCCAGCAAGGCGGCAUUUGUGAAUGUACUCCAGCACAUGUCGAGAGAGUAUACGCCGGAGAAGGACGGCGUUCGUUUCUUCAGCAUUCAUCCAGGAGUCUUCCUCACGACUUUGGCAAAGGAUGCCGGUGUGUCCGAGGACGCCUUUGCGUGGGAGGACAUUCAAGUCCCCGGCCACUUCACAGUUUGGCUUGCGGGCCCGGAGAGCGACUUCCUGCACGGGAAGUUUGUGUGGGCGCAGUGGGAUGUGGAUGAGCUGAUCGAGCAGAAGGAGAAGAUCGAGAAGGUCGAGUUCCUCCCAUCCUUCCUCCAACUGGGUCUGCAGCUGUAGACCUACGAGCUUGUGUAUGAGAAGACAGCAUCU